AUGGCAAUAGAGCACUCAUCAGUGAAGUGCAGCUUCGUCUACUCAUCCUGUUUUCUAGUACUACUUGUCUUAAACUUCUCGUCAGCGCAAUUGUCCGCAAAUUUCUAUGCAAAAACAUGCCCCAAAGCUCUUUACACCAUCAGAAAUGUCGUCAGUAACGCCGUGGUCAAGGAGCAUCGCAUGGGGGCCUCCCUGCUCCGCCUUCAUUUCCAUGAUUGCUUUGGAUGUGAUGCUUCAGUUUUGCUGGAUGAUACUUCAAGUUUCACUGGAGAAAAGGGGGCUGGUGCAAAUGUAAACUCUUUGAGGGGUUUUGACGUAAUUGACACCGUUAAAACUCAGCUAGAGAGCAUAUGUCCGGGUGUAGUUUCUUGUGCAGAUAUUCUGGCUGUUGCGGCAAGAGAUUCAGUUGUUGCUUUGGGUGGACCGACAUGGAACGUUCAAUUAGGCAGAAGAGACUCUACCACGGCAAGUCUUGAUGAUGCAAACAAAGUUGCCAACAUUCCAUCGCCUGCAAUGGAUCUCAGUGACAUUAUAACCGUCUUUACCAACAAGGGUUUCACCACUAAAGAAAUGGUUGCCCUUUUGGGAUCUCACACAAUAGGCCAAGCCAGGUGCUUAACAUUUCGCAAUCGCGUCUACAACGAGACUCUGAUUGAUGCAUCAUUCGCUACUUCGCUGAAAACUAAUUGUCCUAUCACACUUGGUGAUGACAACCUUACUGCACUGGACGCCAGCUCCCCGAUUCUAUUUGACAACGGUUAUUUCCAUAAUCUUGUUAAAAACGAAGGCCUUCUACAUUCGGACCAACAACUCUUCAGUGGUGGGUCCACGGAUUCUCAAGUUAGUGCUUAUCGAGCCAACUUUAUCACUUUCUUUGUCGAUUUCGCCAAUGCAAUCCUCAAAAUGGGAAAUCUCAGCCCACUUACCGGUAACAAUGGCGAGAUCAGAACUAAUUGCAGGAAAGUCAAUUGAUUUGGC